AAUCAAUUCCCUCCUCGACCAAAUCGAUUCCGGCGCAAUUCGUCUACCUUGAUCGUUUACGGCCAAUAGUUGUUUCUCGACGUCAUUCCAGAUUCAAUUGACAAAUCAUUUCUUGAAUUAUCGAUUUCGUCAAAAGAAACAAUUCCGCGCAAUGGCUAUGGAACAACCUCAACCUAUUAAUUACGAUGAGCGUAUCCGGACACAGGUACCUCAGGGAGAGUUGUUUCGUCAAUACGAGCCGUUCCAGAAUCUCGAGGCUUUAGUUGAAGCACCUUUUGUUGGCCCCCGGCCACUAGGAGUAACGCAAAUUACGCCAGGUCGACACCGGAGGGACGGUAUUACUGUCUCUAUGAUACAGGACUCUAUUGUCCUCCCGCAGUAUCCACAAACGGACCAAGCAGGAUAUGCCUAUUGUAUUAAUAUAGGGGGUAUACCUCGUGAAGGGGCAAGAAUGCCUGAAAAUCUGCCGAUCCAGCACCAAUACGCCGCGAGACGAAAACCAGGGUAUCCAAAGGAUACGACAUGUAUAUACCUUGGAGGAAUAAGGGCGACGCGGUAUAAGUGGACAUGUAGUGGGAUUAAGUAUUGCGAGUACUUUGAUCCUACUAUAGCAACAGCUCCACAUACUCGCGUCGGACACGAAUAUUGGGAGAAUCAAGGACGAACAAGACAAUAUAUCGAUCCAACGGAACCAAAUAUUCUUAUUCGGAAUAGUAAAGCUACAAUCGCCGCAGCUUGGGAUCGGCUUAAGAAGGGUAUCGCGUGUCGGCCGCAAAAUGAUACAUGUCGACUAGAAUGGGAGUGGUGUGAACGAGCUGCCGACGGUGAUGGAAGCCGUAACGGAUUUCUCAAGUGCCGUAACCGACCGCCAAAUGGAGCCCUAGUAGACGACCAACCCGAGGUACACUUUCGCGAAGCAGUUUGGCAAAAUCAACAAAAGAAUGUCGAGUUAUUUCCAGAGUUACUUCAAGAGCUCUACGAUCGCGAGGCCGAAGGUGAGGGAGAUAUCCCUCCCGCAACCUGUACAAUCCACGAAAACGUCGCAACUAGACUGAAACACUGCGGGGUCCUUCACUCGAAUACUACACGGGGUCGUCUUAUUAGGGCGGGUUGCAAUGUCGUCUUUAACCUUAUCGUACCGCAGAACCUCGACAAUCCCAAUCACCGCUAUGUUAUUUUCACGUCACACGGGAUCCAUAGCCACCUACCUCCUAUCCCUAAUCGGACGCCAAAGGAGUUUGCGGAGUCUGUACGUACUGUCGUAAGGCAGGCGCAGGACGGCAGUGUAUCAAACUCGUCAUUCCUUAGAAGCGGCUUCCUUAAGUCCUUCUUCUCUAUACAAGGGGUCGACUCCCUUGAGGCGAUACAUCCUUCUUUUGCAAACAAGUCGCGGAUCCGCGCAAUGCUCUAUUACGAGAAGCUACUUCUCUAUCCAGAAGGGACACACUUCGCCGGCGUUGAUUUCGAGCUAGCACGUCAGGGGCUAGAUCCAGCGACACAAUAUAUCCGGGGAGCCUGGAAUCGCGAGAACGAAUCUGCGCAGGUUAUCUGCUUUCAUAAGCUACAGGCGGAGUGGUUCCUAAAUGUUGGUAUGUUCGAAAUAGAUAUGAACUUCAAGCGGAUCCGCCAAAGAGAUAUGAAUGAGUUAAUCUUCGGUGCGCUUAUCGAGACGGAGGGUUCAGUCUGCCCAUUUGCCCGGAUAUAUAUGGAAGGGGAGGACGCAGAGUCAUAUUGUCUCGCAUUCCAACGUCUAUUCGAAUCGCUUUCACAGGUUACUGCUCGCGUAGUACGGUGGAGACAUCAUAGCCCUGGAGGUAACGGGGAAGGAUUCCAGGGAGUCGCGAUGGAUAUGGGGGCAGGACAAAUCAAAGGCUUUGGGCUAUAUCUUCAAUCUGUCGACCCCGAAGGACGACACUGGGAGUGGCAGGUUAAGAAUAUCUGCGUCUACUGUCGAAUUCACCUACGUCGAUCGAUUGAAAAUGUCGAAGGAGUUGGUUUCCGGACUGAACGCGGCAAAAGAAUGAUGGAUAUCCUCCUUGCACAAACACAAGAAUCGUACGACGCCAUUCUCGAAGAAGUCUCAGGUUUUAGCACCAGGCACGCUAAUUGGGCGAACCAUAAGCGCCAGGAUGUUAUCCGUUCCGGGCUAUGUCAUGCCUACGCCCAGAUGCCGCAAUAUAUAUAUAAGCGGCUCCGCAACCAUACCAAUGCUGUUGAACAACUUCAUAACAAAACAUAUUGGUCGGGACUCUAUUGCGACUUAUUGGUCGCGAUAUUUCAAUCACGAGCCGCGGAUUCCUCUACGAUACGAACAUUUUAUACGCACGCUCUCUUUGGCGUACGAGCAGACGACCGGUCUAACGAUAGUGUCGCGAGGAAGAGUCGGGAUAUGGGGAGGAAACGUAAGUUAUUUAACGAAUUAAUUCAAUUUUUAACUAAUCGAUUCUUUAUUUAAUUAGAAACCAAGGAGUUUGCUGCGAUGAGGCGGCAGCUCGAUGUCCGAAGGCACGACAGAGACCGAUCGGACGACGAUGACUCGGGGAGUUCGUCUAGUAACGACGACGACGACGGGAACGACGGUGAUACUAUUAGGAAUAGUACACAGCGAGCAACUCCUACUCCUAGUACCAACGACAACGAUAGUAGGAAUACCGCGGACCCAGCAACUCCUAUAGAGGAAACACCGCGGAAUACCCCUCGAUCGUUUAGGAUGACAGAUGACGAGUUCCAGAAUACGCAUGAUUCUGGUAGGAGAAACAAACGGAAAGGCUCAUCCUGCGUUAGUAGCUCUACUACUACGCCUAGUAAGAAGAGUAAGGCGGGGUCCUCUAGAUUGAGAGGUACGGUUUCCGCCGCGGAGGAAGCACUACGCCUAGCGAACGAGGAGAAAAGGAUUGCACUUGAAGAAAGGAGGAACAAGUUGGAUCAGGAUCGCGAGAAGGCUCAGCUUCAACUCCGCCGUGAACGUUUAGACCUUGAUCGAGAGGUCUAUCAGUUUGAACUAAGAAAACGGGGGGUAGGGGAUAUAGAGCAAAUAUAGAGGAAAUUCAGUUUAUUUUGCAAAUC